CCUCUCUGUCUCCUCCUCCGGGAAGCUCUCUCUAUAUCUCUCCACAAAUUCUUGAAGAAUCCGAUUCCAUAACAAUGGCGACUUCGUUAGCUCGAAUCUCUAAAAGAAGCGUCACAUCGGCUGUGUCUUCGAAUCUGAUUCGGCGUUACUUCGCCGCGGAAGCAGUUGCGGUGGCGACGACGGAAACACCUAAACCGAAAUCGCAAGUCUCGCCGUCGCCGGAUCGGGUGAAAUGGGACUACAGAGGACAAAGACAGAUCAUUCCUCUGGGACAGUGGCUACCGAAGGUCGCUGUAGAUGCUUACGUGGCACCUAACGUUGUGUUGGCUGGUCAGGUCACCGUCUGGGACGGCUCCUCUGUAUGGAACGGUGCCGUUUUGAGAGGAGAUCUCAAUAAGAUCACCGUUGGAUUCUGCUCUAAUGUUCAGGAACGGUGUGUUGUUCAUGCUGCGUGGUCGUCGCCAACAGGAUUACCAGCACAGACAUUGAUAGAUAGGUACGUGACAGUUGGUGCAUACAGUCUUUUAAGAUCAUGCACUAUCGAACCCGAAUGCAUCAUCGGGCAACACUCAAUCCUAAUGGAAGGUUCGCUGGUUGAGACCCGCUCAAUCCUAGAAGCUGGUUCUGUUUUGCCACCUGGCAGAAGAAUCCCAUCUGGUGAACUCUGGGGAGGCAAUCCAGCAAGGUUUAUUCGAACACUCACCAAUGAAGAAACCUUAGAGAUCCCGAAACUCGCUGUUGCCAUUAACCACCUAAGUGGAGAUUACUUCUCAGAGUUCUUACCUUACUCAACUAUCUAUCUAGAGGUUGAGAAGUUCAAGAAAUCCCUUGGAAUCGCCGUCUAGAAAGCUUCUUCCAGGGUUCUGGCUACUUCCCUCAUUAAGAAAGCUUCUUCGUUUUUGGAAUUUGAUCUGAAUAAAGUAGCUGCGGAACAACAAAAAGAGCAGAGCUGUGUUUCAAAUGUUGUCUUCUCUGUUUGUUUUGUUUAAAUUCAUAUCCUUGUGUUCAAACUUUCUAUGAAGAUGAUAAUGGUGAAAACUGAAAAGUGAAAAACUUCUUUGUGUCCUCUAACAAUUGGAAAAGUUAAUAAUUUAGUGUUAUAAUG